CAUGUUUACGUGGAAAACAUGGCGGCGGACUACCAACACGGAGACAGCACUUUGUAGUUACGAGUGGACGUGUGACAGCGAGCUAGGAGACAGACGAGACAUAUUUAACCAUUAUUUUUUUAGAUUUUUCCUGCUGAUAUUUCGCAUGAAGCAGUUUCCUUCUUGUUUUAGCCACAGGUACCGCGAUGAUGGAAGACGAGGAGAGGCAAAAAAAGCUGGAGGCCGGCAAAGCAAAGUUGGCUGAGUACCGCCAGAGAAAAGCUCACGCGGACUCCCAGAAGAAGCAGAAGAAAAAGAAGAAAAAGAAGUCAGCGGAGGACUCAGAGGGGGAUUCACAGGGAAAAGUGGAGGUCGAGCCAGAUCAGUCUGUGGCAGGCGAGGUGGGCCCGGGCGAGGGACAAGAUGGAUCUCAAGAAGGAAAUAAAGACCCAUCCACCAAAGGUUUUACCUUCACCAGGACGCUGCGGAGUGGAGAGACUGUCAAGCACGACCAGACCUACACCAUAGAGCCAGAGAGUGAAGUGUCCACUACUGCUGAAGAUUGUUCCUCAGAGGUAAAUGGGUGCCAUGAUGGGGUGACAGAGGAGCUAUUGAUGUCUUCGAAGGAUUUUGUCUGGGAGGAAGUGGAGCCCCUGCAGCAGGUAAAGAGAGGUACGAUGCAGGAUAUGGAGGAUGCACUUGCUGCCAAGACCCAGGCGGUGGAGGAGCUGAGUCGAGAGCUUGAAGAAAUCAGGGCUGCUUUCGGCACAGAGGGAGUGCAGCAGCUGCAGGACUUUGAGGCUGCCCUGAAGCAGCGAGAUGGCAUCAUCACCCAGCUCACAGCUAACCUUCAGCAGGCUCGCGAAGAGAAAGACGAGAUCAUGAAAGAGUUCCUGGAACUGACGGAGCAAAGCCAGAAACUACAGAUUCAGUUCCAGCAGCUGCAGGCAGGCGAGACACUGAGGAACACCAGCCACAGCAGCACAGCAGCUGAUCUUCUUCAGGCCAGGCAACAGCUCACACAGUACCAACAGCAGAUGGAAGAGAUGAGCGUUGUAAUCAAAAAACACCAGGAGGGGAGCAGUGAACAGCUGGAGCACAUCAGCCAGCUCCAGCAGAAGCUCAGUGAGAUGGAGAUGUUAUGGAGAACGUCAGAAGAAUCACUCACAAAAAGGAUAAAUGAAAAGGACCAGCUCAUUGCUGAACAAGAAAAAGUCAUUUUGGGUCAGGAGCAGUCGCUGACAGAGUUGAGAAUGGCAGAGGAAUCUUUUGCACAAACACUAAAAGAGAAAAAUCAAUUAAUUUCAGAGCAAACUGCAAUAAUCACGGAACACGAGCUGUCAUUGACCCUGCUCAGAGAAGAACUUGUCCAUGUGGGACGGACUACAGAUAAAAAUAUUAUGCACCAAUCAGAUGAGAAAGACCUGAUCAUAGCAGAGCAAGAGAGAGUCAUUUCAGAACGCGACUGCUCUCUUACACAGCUCGAGGAUGAGCUCGAGUCCUCUGAAAAAUGCCAGCAUGACCUCCAGCAGCGAAUGUCUGCAAAAGAAUCAGAGCUUGAAAAAUGCGUUGAUGAGUUGGAAAGCACCAAGUCUGACUUAGAAAUCUGUAAAUGUGAAAUAGAGAGAUGUAAAUUAGAGUUGGAGAAAGAGCGAACGGAAUUAGAAAUCUGUAAAGGUGAACUUGCAACCUCCAGACAGAAAGAGCGAAUGUCGUCCAACGAAAUCAUGCAACUCAUGGGCACAGUAGAGGACCUGCAGAAGCGAUAUCACCAGGGAAGCCUGUCUGAGAGUGACACCGUCCAAAAAAUGCAGGAAGAAACUGUGAGGAAGCUCGAACUUCUCAGGGCAGAGCUGGAUGAGAUGUAUGGCCAGCAAAUAGUCCAGAUGAAGCAGGAACUUAAUUUGCAGCAUGCAGCAAGAGUAGAGCAAAUGAAUGCGCAACAUCAUGCUGAGCUUGAGCUUCUAAAAGCACAACAACUUUCUCAAAGCUCUGCUGUUAGUAGUGUUGAGGUGGAAACCCUCAAUUCUAAGAUUAGGGAACUUCAAGAGACUUUAGAUCAAUCCCAUGCAAUGCACAAUAAAGCCAGACAUGAGCUGAGCCAGGUCGCCAAAGAGAAGCUCAACCUGCAGGCCAAGGUUGAGGAUCUUCUCCAAGAUCUCCGUUUUGCUAAAGAAAAAGUGGAGCAGGUCUCCAACAGUGUAAUCUCUCAGGAAAGCCAACAAGGUGAACUGCAGCGCCUCCAGGAGACCAUUGACAAUCUGAAGAGCAAGUUGGCUGCUGCUCAGGAAGCAGCAGAGGAGGCAGAAGCAAAACACGAUUCAGAAUUGACCAACUACAAGAUCAAGUUGGAGAUGCUGGAGAGGGAAAAAGAUGCUGUGCUUGACCGCAUGGCAGAGUCACAGGAAGCGGAGCUGGAACGACUGAGGACUCAGCUGCUGUUCAGCCACGAGGAAGAGCUCACCAAUCUUCGGGAAGAGUUGCAAAGGGAGAGUUUCCUGAACACAGAGAACCUCCUUAAUGAAGCCGCUGUCAAGCAUGAGAGAACGUUGGAUGAGUUGCGUGUUGAUUAUGAGGACAAACUGCAUUUGUUACAAAGAGAGAAGGCAAGUUUUGCCACAGAGCGAGAUGAGCUUUUGCACCAAAUUCUUGGACUAAAAGAAGAUCUUAAACUUGCUUUGCACAGCUCCAAAGCAGAUGAACUUGUCCAGCAGCUUCAAGAGCUUCAGGUAGAGCUUGAGGAAUUGAGGAAGGGAGGAGUAGAACGUGCACGAAUGGAGAAUGAAAUUCAGACAUUACUGAAAAAGACAGAGGUGCUUGAGAACCAGUCAAGAGAGAAAGAGCAGUGUUGGGAGAACAAAUGGAAAGAACAGGUAUUGGAAAAGGAGACACUGAUAGAGUCUAAUAACACUUUGAAACAAAAGCUGGACUUAAAAAUUAGGAACAUUGAAACACUCACAGCAGAGAACAACCAAAUACAGCAAAAAGUAGUUGAGCUUAGUGAAGAAAUUGAACGGCAGAGGACUACUUUCUCUUUUGCCGAAAAGAAUUUCGAGGUAAACUAUCAGGAGCUGAAGGAGGAGUACACAUGUCUUACCGAGGCAAAGACAGAAUUAGAAGAGAGGACAUUGAAGGAGACACUUGAGUUUGAGGCAAAAAUUGUUAGCCUUCAGUCACAGUUACGGGAGCUGGAGGGGAACAGCGGAGAUAUCAAAAUGGAGGACACAAAUACAAACAUGUCGGGGAAAGCUGUGAUAGAAAAAGAUACUACUGAGCUAAUGGAAAAGCUUAAUGUUACUUUGAGUGAGAAGGAAAGCCUGGCUGGAAGGCUUUCCCAGGUUACAGAGCAACUGAUGUUUACAGAGAACAAAGUGGGUCAGCUAGAAGAAGAGCUGAUGAAAGCGAGGCAAGAAAAUACGAAGGUCAUUGCCCAAAAUGAAAACCUAGGGAAAGAACUGGAAAAGAAGCAAGAGAUUAGGAGAGAGCAGGCGAGGGGGCAGGAUGCCCAGAGAAAGCUUCAGCGAGAAGAGCGAGCUGUUGAGCCAGUUUGUUCUUUUGAGGAUCAUCACCUUCAGAUUCAAUCUUUGCAAGAGGAGAUAAAGGCUCUUCAGUUCCACUUACAGGCAGCUGAAUUAGAGAGAGACAGCAUCCGCCAGAUCCUGGAGCUCCAAAGGCUUUCACAGACUCCAUCUCCAACAGCAGCAGCAACAGCAGCAGCAGCCCAGUCCUCAGGGGAGGGACCUGUUGAGGGACGAUCCUCCCCACAAAAGUCCACAGCCUCAGGGUCAAGCAGACGCAAGAGACGGCAGAGGUUGAAGCAGGAGCGCAAGCUGGGCGCUGCUCUCUCAGACUGCAGAGAGGAACAACAGAGGGAGGAGGAAGAAGAGGCAGCGGUGGAGGAAGAGAGAGCUACAAGUGCUGCAGAGCAGAGAGAGAUGCAGCCUCAGAUGAAGAGCCAGGUUAUGUCAUGUUCACAAGAGAGGGCCGGUAAGGAGGACUCCACUGACGGGUACCAGGGAGACGGAGACAGAGACUACAUCAACAAACGGGUGAGCAGACAUGGGACGGACCACCACGCGGAGCCUGUGGUGUGUCAGGGAACAGAGGAAGCGGAGGAGACUACUGAGCAUGGUGAGUGCAGGCUGCAGAUGGAGGCCCAGCGGAUCAGCCUGUCUCAGAUCCACGCUGCCCAGCUGGAGCUGCUGCAGGAGGAGAUGGACGUCCGUACAUGCUCUCUUGAGCUGAAGCUGCAGAAUCUGAAAAGUCACAGUGAUCCAGAUGAGCCAAAAAACUUCAAAUACCACAACCUGUUGCAAACUGUGUCAGCAGAAUGCAACGAGAUCAUUCAGUAUUUUCAAAAGAUGUUUGGUGAAGAGUUUUUGGAGAGUGUUGAUGCAAAAGGUCAGCCGCCCUCUUCAGUGGAAAGACCAGAAACUAGUGAAUCCACCCCCAUUAUACUGGAGGCCAGAGAGCUCUACAGAUCUCUGCAGCAGGUGAGGGAGACAAUUGAGAAGGAACAUCUGCGACUGUCACAACUUCAGGCUUUGCUGAGAGCUGAUGGGAGUAAGAUGAUGGAACUGCAGAUGGCAUAUGAUGAACUGAAGAGCAGCAGUGAGAAGGAGAUCUCUGACCUGCGUGUACAAGUUGCCACCUUACGUCCCUCUACAAGCCAAGAUCUAGAGGGGCAGGCUGGUGCACCAUCUACCUGCCUUACUGAGGAAUUACAGAGGCUGAGGGCCGAAGAGCAGGAAAAGCAGCUCCGGCUGGAGGAGAGUCACCGACAGGAAGUGGAACAUCUCAGAGCUCACUACCAGCAGCAGGCUGCAGAGUCUGAGGAGCGAUACCUCUCUGAGCUCUUCAUGCUGCAGCAGCGACUCCAGGAGGUCACAGGCACUCAGACCCACUUCAGUGUUACUGAGUCCAGCCCUGAGAGGAUGGAGGAACACAGAGAGGAACUACUAAAGGACCUGAGUGAGGAGGAACUGUCAGAGGGAGGUGUGGAGGUGCAUUGGCCUGCCAGGUCUGCAGGCCUGACAGCACAGCUGCAGGCACUGAGAAAAGCUCUCUAUCACAAGUAUGUCCAAGAGGUAGCAGCUCUCAAUGAGCAGCACAACAGGGAGCUAAGGAAACUGAGAGAAGAAAGGGAAUCGGAGUGGAAAGGAGAGGAGCAUCAGGAAGCAAGAGGAGAGACGGAACGGGAUCUUAACUGCAUUAACGGUGCUGGAAGCUCCAUUGAGAGCCUCAGGACAGCUGGACAGGUCGUGCUAGAAGAGAAACAAGACUGGAUGAGAGUGGAGGAGGAAGUUGCAAAGGCCAUAGUUCAGAUGUCCGUGGAGUUUGCACAGCAGACUGAGCUGGCUCGAAUCAACAAGCGUGCCUGCCAGAGGUGCACCUCCAUGCAGACCCAGUCGGACGAAGAUGAAGUGGAGGAGAGGGAGAACAAGGAGCAGCAGCCUUCCAGAGCUUCUUUCAGCUCGGGCGCCUGGCUGGAGGAAGUGGAGAAGGAGAGACUGGAGAAGGAGCUGGAGGAGAGGAACACCGAGAUCAGGAAGUUAAAAGAGGAGCUGCGGAAAACCGAAGCAGGACCUGAGCAGGCCCUAAAGAAGGGAGAAGAAGACAGUCGAGGAGAAGUUGAGGAAGAAGAAGAAGAUGCAGGGGGAAUGGGAACAAAGCUGGCUGGUGAAGGCAAAUUGUCAGCACAUGAUGAUGGAGAGUCUACUGAUGACGGCACUGAAAGAAACAUCUUGCGUAAAGCCAAUGAGAAACUUAGUCAGGUACUGGUGGAAGUCCUCAAGACUACGGCAGCAGCAGAGGAAACGAUGGGCCUCCACAUGCAGAGUCAGUCUGCUUCCAGUGGAGUGCCCCUCUCCACCACAGAGAAAGCCACCAGGCAGAAAGUGAACACAGAGCCCUUCAGACCUCAUGCUCCAGGUCAAUCUGCAGAAAUUUGCCAGGGCAGCGACACCAGCGUGGAUGAUAUGAGUUUGUGGUCUGGGGAGACGGAGGCCGACGAGGGUCUAAAGAUGUCACAGCAGAUGAUAGAAAGCCUGAUGCUGGGAGCUGGGACGCAGCUAGAGAACGAGGAAUAUCUGAUGGACAUCAGCAGCAGACUCCAAUCAACUCUGGAGAAGAUGUUGAUGGCCAUCACUGACACCACCAACCAGCUUGAACAUGCCCGGGUGACCCAGACUGAGUUGAUGCGGGAGUCUUUCCGCCACAACCAGGAGAUAAACGAGCUGCUGCAAAGGCAGGAGGAGCUGCAGGAGAGGUUGUUGGAGGAGGCACGGGCACGUGAGCAGCUGGCUCUCGAACUCCACCGGGCUGAGGGUCUGAUUGAUGGCUACACGGGUGAACGGGCUGCAUUGGAGGAGCAGUUGCGUCAGAAGGAAGAGCUCCAGCUGAGCCUCGAGCAAGAGCUGCAGGUGACGGGUAGCCGGCUGCACGAGUUGGAACAGGAGAGGCUUCAGAUGCAGGAGGAGCGGGAGCUGCUCUCACGGCAACAAGACGCCAUGAGGGAGCACGCUGGUCCCCGCGAGCUCCGCCUAGUUGAAGCUGCAAUGGUUGCAGCACCUGAAGCAGACCUGCUUGAGGAGACAGAGAAGCUGAUGAAAGAGAAGGUGGAGGUGCAGCGUCAGGCGGAGAAGGAGAAUGCUGACCUCCUGAAGCAGGUGAAACUCCUGGAAGCGGAGCUGGAGGAGCAGGUCAACAGGGUGAUCGAGUUGGAGCAAGCUCAGAGGACAGAGCAUGGAGACCUCGAGCAGCAGGUCCAAGCUCUGGAGAAACAGCUGGAGAAGAACAGGAAGUUCCUCGAUGAACAAGCUGUGGACCGGGAGCAUGAGAGAGAUUUCUUCCAGCAGGAGAUCCAAAAACUGGAACAACAGCUGAAGAACCCACAGAAGCUGCAGACUGGGUCUGAGCAAAGAAAUCUAGAGGUGGACCAGCUGACCUCGCAGCUGAAGGAGAAGGCGGAUUGGUGCAGUGAACUGCUGCUCAGCUCGGAGCAGCUGCGUCGUGAGUUGGGGGAGCGCGACGAAGAGAUUGACAAGCUGGAGAGCCGCAUCCGCGAGCUGGAGCAGGCCCUGCUGGCCAGCGCUGAGUCCCUGGAGAAGGUUGAGCAAAAGAAGCAGCAUGCGUCCAUCACAGAAGCAAAACAGUCCACACUGGAGUCUCAGUUACAGACAGAGAGAGAAGCUCUGGAGAGGAAAGAGAAGGAGAUCUGUAAUUUGGAAGAGCAGCUGGAGCAGUUCAGAGAGGAGCUGGAGAACAAGAGUGAGGAGGUUCAGCAGCUUCACAUGCAGCUGGAGAUCCAAAGGAAGGAGAUCAGCAGCCAGCAGGAUUACCUGGAAGCCAGGGAUAGCAUGCUCCAGGUGAUGGAGGAGAAGGACAGGGAAAUAGCACUACUUAAUGAACAGAUCACUAAGCUCCAACACAUGGAAACAGCCUCUGAUAACAAGGAAAUCGAUGACAGGGACGAGCUGAUAAAAGACCUGGAGUCGCAGGUGGAGUGCCUGCGGAGCGAACAAGAGCGGUUGAAGAGGAAUAAUGAGGAGGAGCUUGAUCAGCUGAAUGCAGUCAUAGAAAAACUUCAGCAGGAACUGGCUAAUAUUGAGCAGAAGCAGCCUACAGAGGAGGACGAGGACACCAAGGCUGAGUCGGAGAGCUCCGUAUGGGGGCCAAGUCAAGAGGAAUAUGAUGAAAUGAAGCAGAGAAUGGACCUGCUCACCAAUGAGCAUGAUACGCUCAAGUCAGAGCACAGUAAGCUCCUGGAGACAUAUCUGCACUUGAAAGAGAGUGCAGACGCUUUAGCUGAAACAGAGAAACAGCAGCGCUCACAGGCACAACUUGAAGAAGUGCUCAGAGAGAAAACUGCAGGCCUUGUAGUCAUGCAGGCUCAAGUACAAGCUUUGGAGCAGAGUGCAACAUCCAGAGUAGAGGAGUUGGACCUCCGCAUCAGGGAGCUUGAGGAUGUGGUCGAUGAAAAGGACUGCGAGUUAAGACGCUGUCGCCUCCUUGUGGAGCAAACGCAAAGCCACGCAGAGGGUCUUCAACAGAAAGUCUCUGAACUGGAGAAAGACCUGAGGGAGAAAGUGGCUGCGGUGCUUGUGAGCCAGGCCACACUGGAGGCCUUCCAGCAACAGCAGUCACAAGGAUCCAAAGAAAACCAGGACCAGCAGAGACACGUUCAGCCAAAUGUCUAUGACUUUGUGGACUUUGGUAUUCCCCAAAUGGACUUCAGUGGAAUUGGUCAAGUGACACAUGUUCCCAUGGGGAAAGUGGUCCAUCUGACCCAGAGGCUUCAAGAGCUGGAGGUGGGACUCAGUGGGAUGCAGAAAGACCAGGAGCUCCAGAAGCAGCUCCUCUCCAGCUCUGAGGAGGAGGUGCUGGAGUACGAGAGGAGGCUGUCUGUGCUCAUGGAUCUGCUCAGCCAGAUGAAAGCCAGGACACAUCAUAGGACAUCACCAUCCGUGGGGACUUCCUCUGCUGAUGACCAACCAGCUGUGUCAGAUGUUCUUCAGGAGUUGCGGGAAGUCAGAGACGAGGUCUCGGUGACCAAAGAGCAGCUGGACAGCUACAAGGACAGCUGCAGCAAACUCCAGGAAGAGCUCCAAGAAAAAAUGGUUACAAUAGACAGACUCCACGACCAGCUUCAAAAGGUCACAUCUGGAGGCAGUGAGGAGACCAAGAUGUCUGAGCUUCAGCAGGAAUUAAUUGAGGCUCAAAAUGAGGCAGCUGCCACCAAAGAGGAGCUGAACAGCUGCAGGGAAAGUUUGGAGAAGCUACAGGAGCUACUACAGGAACGGGAAAUGACCAUUGCUCACCUUAAAGGAGAACUUUUCCAAGUGAAAGCAGAAGAAGACAGAGCCAACAUGGCAGAACUUCUCCAAGAGGUCAGAAACAAGGCAGCGUCCACCAAAGAAGAACUUGACAGCUACAGGCAGAAUAAUGAGAAACUUCAGGAGGACCUUCAAGUCCGUGAAGUUUCUAUUUCUAAACUCAAAGUGGAGCUCCAGGAGAUGAGGCAGAAUGUUGAUAUCACCAAAGAAGAACUCAGCAACUACAGACAGCACAAUGAGAAACUGCAGGACGAACUUCAUGUCCGUGAGCUGUCCAUUUCCAAGCUCAAACAGGAACUCCAGGAAGUACAAACAGCCUUAGUGAAGACAGCGGAUUCUGGUCCUCCAUCUCCUUCUCCCUCUCCUUCUCCAUCUCCUCAGCCUCUCUCCUCUGCCUCUUCUUCCUCCGCCACCCAGCCUAAAAGGAAAGGAAGCAAACAGUCGACUGGCAAGGGAAACAGUGCCAAAGAAAAACCAUCUCUCUCCAGGAAAAACUCCAGCACUUCCAGCCAGUCCUCUAACAAAUCUCGUCUGAACAGCAGCUUGGAACAGCAACACACAGCUGUGAUGCACUCGUUCACGCAGACCGAACCUCUCCAAACAUCUGCCCUCGGCCCGGAGGGCAACACUCCAACCAGAGAUGAGAUGGAGGAGGUGAUCGGAGGGUUCCAGGAGAAGAUCGUACAGAUGCAGGAGCUCCAUGCUGCAGAGAUCUUGGACAUGGAGGCUCGGCAUAUUUCAGAGAGCGAGAGCCUUCGCAGGGACACGCAGGCUCUGGAGAAUGAGUGCAAGGCCCUCAAGGCUGUCAUUGACAAGCUGCGCUCUACAGAGGCCCCUUCAUCAAGACAGGACCGUCCUACAUCACAGUUCAAAGAUGGCUACAUAAGUGACAGCAGCUCAGACUACAGCCAACGGACUGGUUUUGACCUCCCAAGCUUGCAGCAGGAGUUAAGGACGACUCCAGAGGGCGCCAGGAGAGAGAUGGAUGAUCAACUGCCUGACCGGAUCAAGAUGCUGCUUCGUGAGGUGCACCAGGAGGGAAUGCAGGUGCUGUCUCUGUCAGAGCUUCCCCUCUCUGAAGGCCAGCCAGGCAGCCAGUUCAGCAUCCAAGGCUGGGUGAAGGAAAGAGACGCUUUACUAGAAAACGUGGAGUCUCUCAAAGCCAUCAUCAGCCAGAUGCAGACACACCGAGAAACACAGACGUCAGGCAGCGAGGACUGGCGUUCAGAGCUGCUGGAUGCGGUGCGGCAGGUUUUUACAAGUGAACGCAGUGUGCUGAAGAGCGCCCUCUACAGCCAGUUGGACAUGCUGGACACCAGCGACGCAAUCAUCCACCUCAAUCAGCUGGAGCGCAGGCUGGCCGAACAGGACGCCCAGCACAGAGAGGCGAUGGGUUCGCUCCGCACUGCCGACAGGUCCAGUCUCAUCUCUGAGAUUCAUCAGCUCCGUGGUCAACUGGAACAAAUUCUCCAAGGUGUCCAGCCUGCUGUGUCAUUGGGUGGUGAAUGCAAACUUAAGGAGCAGCGAGAGGGAGGAGGAGCUGAUGGAGCAGUGGAGGCCGACAGAAUGCUGGUGGAGGAGCUGAAGGGUGAACUGUCCCAAACUAAACUGGAGCUAGAGACGACUCUCAAGGCUCAGCACAAACACCUCAAAGAGCUGGACACUCUCAGGGCAGAGGUAUCACAGAAGGCUGCUGAGGUGGACGCACUGAACGACCAGCUGACGGAGGAGAGGAAGAGAAGCAGAGAUCUGCAGUGGGCCAUGGAGAAGGAGAGGUGUCGAACUGAGAGAAACGAGGAGAGUAAACGAGAAGAACUGGAGGACCUGCAGCUCACUCUGGAGGACCAAAAGAGUCACGUGGCCCAGCUAACCUUGACCCUGGAACAGGAGCGCCAGGCCUCCUCUCAGCUCUCCCAGCAGGCUGAACAGGAGCACUUGAGCCUGCACAGACGCCUUCAGGAGCUCCAAGUCCAGCUGGAGACCGAGCGAGCCAGGGCGCUGGAGAUAAGCACCGCACUGGGGAGGGAGAGGGAGCUGCGAGCGGGUGUGACUUCUGACAGUGGUCCCUCCAAUGAGGUCGAGGAGGAUCAGAGGAGGCUCGAGGAGGAAGGGAGUCUGCUGGAAAAACUGCAGAGGGACCUGGAUGACAAACAUGCACAGGUGGUGCAUCUUCUCAGUCAGGUGGAGGCCCAGAAGCUCGAGGUAGUACGAAAAGAAGAGGAGCUUACUUUGGGGAGUCAGAGGUCAAGGCGGGACCAGGAGGCGCUUCUGGAGGCUCGGGCUCAGCUGGAGAGGCUGGAAGCACAAAUGUCUGAGAUGUCACAAAUGUCCCAGGGGCAGCUGGAGAGAGAGAUGGAGAGGAGGAAGAGUCUAGAGGAAGAAAAGGAGAGACUGGUGGAGACGCUGAACCAGUUUAGAGAGCAAAGAAGAGACAGGGAGGAGAGCGGACCUCCUCAGGCCGAUGACCACACUCAGCAGGCUGCCUGGCACAGCGAUUCCACCGACCGCACCAAAGACUGGGUCUUCCAGCAGAAGAAUGGAAACGUUCAGUCACUGAGCUCCAGCACGUCUCCCCGUCUCGAGGUCUCUCCAACAGGCCAUGCCAGUGGACCACACCAUGGUCCUUGGCGCACAGUUGACAAGAUCCUGGGCAAACUCCACCUCAUUUCCUCGAAGGUCCGCAGCAUGGCAAGCAAGACUAGCGACAGGCUGACAGCAGAGGUUGACAGUGAAGAGUUAUCAUGGUUGCAGUCCAGUGUUGAUGACGUCAUCACUAUGCUGCAGCAGUCUCCAGGUCUACCCUCCGUCCCCGAGAGUGUUUCCCUGUCAGCUGGAGGCUCCUCCAACUCUCUGACGGAGCGCCUGCUGAGGCAGAACGCAGAGCUGACGGGCUUUGUCAGCCGUCUGACCGAAGAGAAGAACGAUCUGAGGAACCAUACUCUCCGCUUGGAGGAAGAGCUCCGACGUUACAGGCAGGCCGGACUGGCAUCAGGUGACAGUUUCAGCAGCAGAAGAGGAUUAUCGAAGGUGGAUUCGGCGAGUAUGCUGCUUUCCCAGGAGCGGGAGGCUUGGACAAGAGAGAAGGUCCGCCUGGAGAAAGCUUUACAUCUGGCCCAGGCCCAGGUGGCCCGACUCAGAGGGGAGAUCAGGACCGACUCCCUGCGAGAGAUAACUGGACCCGAGGCUGAUAAUGCUGCGCUGAAGAGGAUGUACGGGAAGUACUUGAGGUCAGAAAGCUUCCGCAAAGCGCUGAUAUACCAAAAGAAGUAUCUGCUGUUACUGCUGGGCGGCUUCCAGGAGUGUGAGGAGGCCACGUUGUCGCUCCUCUCCAGGAUGGGGGGCCGGCCGUCGCUGUCCAGCCUGGAGUCCCUCAGCCAGCGCCGCCGGGGGCUGAUGCGCUUUCGCUCUGCCGUCCGAGUCUCUAUCGCUCUGUCCAGGAUGCGUUUCCUAGUCAAGCGAUGGCACAAGGCAACGGGGAUGAGCUCCACAACCUCCUGCAGCAUCAACAAGAAUGGCGUAGGACAGACAUUAGGUACAGAGGCAAGGGACUCACCUUAUCUUCACCCAGGCAGUGUGGAGAUGUACAGAGAAAGAGGAGGUGGAGGUGGAGGAGGAGGAGGAGGAGUUUCAAGCAGCAGGGGGAGAAGUGGACGUGAAUCACCCCGAUCGGCUGUGUCCUCUUCUCACCACAGGUUUCACAUGGCCGGAGACCACGGAGCUCUCACGUGCUCCCACCUGCAGAGCUACGACCCCGACCGAGCGCUCACGGAUUACAUCUCCAGACUGGAGGCGCUGCAGAGGAGGCUGGGGAGUGUGACAUCAGGUGCUUCUUCAUAUGCUCAAUUGCACUUCGGCUUGAGAAGAUAGAUGCUGUCAAGUUAACUUUGGCUUGAGGAAACUGAGUUGCCUUUUCUCGUGCUGAGCGCUCUGCUGUUUUCUAUCAGUCUGGUGUGGACUUAAAACUUUCCAUGUGGACCAAAACACUUCUUUUUUUUUUUUUUUUAUUAGUGUACGACAUGUUGUAUUCAGGCUUUUUUGUCACCGGCACUUGAAAAACAGCUAUGUUUGUAAUUUAAUCUGCCUCUACGUUGUGGAUGAACUACAAUCAUGUAUAUUUGUCUAAUGCUAAUUUAAGACCUUGUGAUUAAUUUAUAUGUUUGUGUUGAAUGGGUGGAGCGUUACGUAGAGAAUGUUUGGGUUUAUCGUUAAGGAGGCUGCUACUGGAUAUAUUACACUACACUGUGUUUUGUUUAGGCCAGACAGACUACAGAGGACAUUUGUAGAGAACGUAUUUUUGUAAAGUGUAGGAGCUUUGAAUUUUCUGGGUAUUUUGGCAAAAACUGAAAUAAAGAGGACUACAUUAUUUGAA